AUGGAGAUAAUGGAAAUCUCACCCUUUAUAUUUGUCCCAACAACUUCUUCAAACCUCCAAACAGAAAUUAUUUCUGAUGUCACUCUUGACAAUUUUCACAGUAAUCCUUACCUAGUUCUCUACCCUCAGCCUAGCAGUUUCCUCACAGCUCUUAUUCAGCAAGUAAUCCAAAUGGACCCCUCCCUUCAAUCCUCCUCAUUUAUGCCUCUUUCCUACCUAACCAGCAAAGAGCAUCUUUCAAACUACUCUACCUCUCAAUUAAUUUCAGCCUGCCUUGAUAUCCCUUUUCUGUCUCCUCUAUAUACCAAUAAUGGCUUAAUCUUCAAAUUUUACGUCCAAAAAUCGCCUCGCACAACCCCAGUCAAACUAGCUGAGCUUUUUGAAGAAGAAAUGGGCUACGUUGUUGGAGAAGUCAUUGAUUUUGUCAGAAAUUCUUCAGGAAAAAAGAAAAAAAAUGAUAGGAUAGGCGAAGAUUUGUAUGUUAAAAGGAAAGAUGGGUUUGAAAAAGUUUAUAAAAAUAAUUCCGAUUACUAUAUGCAAAAAGUGCAAGAAAGGCAAAUUCACUAUAAAAGAUGUGAAAGAUUAAAAAUGGGUUAUCAUAAAAAAAUACCUAAUUAUUGUAAUUUUUCAUAUAAAAGUAACUGUAAUUUGCCAUUUGACAGCAGCCAUUAAAAAACACAAAGCGAUAAUUACUACACACCAAUAUCUAGAAAAACAAAAGUCAAUGAGUAUUUUAAAUUCUCAGCCAAAAGCCAAAACUCAGACGAGCGAAAAAUCUCCUCUGACAAGUCUGCAAAAUCUGAAGGCAAAACGCCUCAAGAUUCCACCCCAAGUCCAGUGCAAAAUUUAUCCAAGAAAUUUUCCAACAUAAUUUUACAAGAAAUUACAAAUAUUCCAUUAGGUACACAAAAAAUCGGUAGAAGGUUAAUUAACUAG